AUGUCGACGACUUUCCGUGGUGGUUCAUUGGAUAUGUUUCUGCAGAACCCAACCAGCCAGCUGACGGACACCCUAGUUUCUAUGGAGGGGGUGGUAUCAAUGCUCGAUCUCAGAGGUGAAACCGCUCUAGACUUGGCUGUGCAAAAAGGUCAUGCGGUCUGCGUAGAGGACAUCCUAGGAUCCCCGACCAUCGAUGUCAAUGCUGAGGAUAGGUUUGGAAGGACGGCAUUGGUGAAGGCGGUAGGGGGGAGGUCGCAAGGACACUGUUGA